UUUUCCCAUUUCUCUCCCAACAAAAACCCUAAAAACAAAAAAAAAUCAUCUCUUUCUGCAGAUUCAGUUUCUUCCUUUGACGACGACAAAAUUAAACAUCGAUCUCCAAAAUUCAUCUUCUUCUUCUUCCCUACACAGGUUGUAUUGAUGUUCUUUGCAGAGAUGUCACCAGCAACAAAGUCUAAGUUAAAGGAUAAAAGAAAUGGAAAAGAAGCUCAAAAGGCAUCGCCCAAGUCUGCGGUUUCGGUUAAUGGGAAUAGCAGUAUGGCAGCUAGUGCUUAUAAUCCACUCUUGGGAACGUUUCAGGUUCUUGAUUCGGUUUCUGUAGGUUCUGUCUCGCCAUUACAGUAUGGUCGUUUCCGGAGUAUAGAUGAGGCUGAUGUUAAUGGGGUUGAGUCUGAUUCUGUUUCGAAUAACGGUAGCUGUUCGGGUGAGUCAGAGGAUCAUAAGGAGAAGAUAACUAAUCUGGCUCUUAAGCAGGAGGUGAUACCAGGUGCAGAUAAUGAUAAGAGAGAAAAAGUUCGCCAGAAGAAUGAGAGAAAACAUCAACGUCAGAAAGAGAGGAGGGCUCAGGAGUUGUAUGAGAAGUGUAGCACGUAUCUUAUGUCUAGAAAACUUGAGGCCCUUACACAGCAGCUUGUGGCAAUGGGGAUAUCUCAAGAGCAUGCAACUACGGCGUUGAUGAUGAAUGAUGGCAAAGUAGAGGAGUCUGUUCAUUGGUAUUUUGACAGGGGCGAGGAAGAAAUUGAGAAGCAAAGCAUUAAGAGUCCUGGGAAUUUGAAAAUAGACAUAACAGAAGAACUAGCUAGGAUUACACAAAUGGAGCUACAACUUAAGUGUACAAGGCAGGAAAUAGAGCGUGCGGUUGUUCAAGCAGAGGGGGAUUUGGACAGAGCAGAAGAAGUUAUGAAAGGCACAAAAUAUGAAGAGUUUUCUGUUCCAGUGAAACAAGAAGAAUCUGGUGAUCCUCUUACACACAGUAAUGGUAAACAUACAGUAGGAAUAGGUUAUCAGAAUUCAGAUGCAGAAAGGCCAGAAACACAAACUGUUCCAUCACCUGGUUUACAGCCACCAAGAGAUGACAAGAGCUUUAACUAUACAAAAUCACCCUCUACAGCAGAAACUGUGAAUAAAAUGAUGGCUCAGCCUAUGAAACGAUCUGAACUAAAGUUAGAGUGGCCAAAACCUCAGCAAUCUGCUGCUUUGGCUGAUAAAAGGUGGUCAAGUACAGGACAAGUUCCUUCUGCUUCUUACUCUUUGCCAUCAUCGCCAUCCCCGUCACCUCAGCCUGCUGCAAGGGCCGAACCUCGCUAUUUAGCUAGUGGAAAUGAAUUUAAGAAUCUUCCGCAGCAGCCAGCAAAUAGAGAAUCAGUCAUGGCAAUGAGGCAGCGGCCACAAGUUAUAAGCACAAAUCCCAUUCCAACCUCAAGCAUGAGCUCACCUCCUACCAGUUGGCAUCCUGUAGCUAGCAUAGAGAUGAUGAAGUCAAAUGGGUUCAUACAAACACAUAAUAUCCCUAGUGCGCGAAGCCCUAGUCCAAACAAUCUGAAUCCAAAUCAGAUCUACCAGCAACUUCAAUAUCAAAACCAGAAGCGAGUCAGUAACACCAACCAAGUGGAUCCACAUGGUAGCAUGGCCAGAGGGAAUGGCGGGUUAUGGACCAGAAACACUGCAUCACCUCCAUCUAUAUCUGCUGCAUCUUCGUUGGGAUUAUUCUCUGCGGUUGGUUCAGCCGGAACAUCAGGUGCAUCCUCACCAAUAGAUUGGGUCUCUGGCGGCGGUUCAGUGCACUACACCAACAUAGACUGGAGUCUAGAUCAAGGUUUAUCCCAAAAUAGUAGAUUCAAUGGAAACUGGUCCGGGUUAAAGAGCAGCAGCCACACUUACGAUACGAACAUGAGCCGGUAUAGUCUAAAUGGUUCCAUGGGAGGUAGAGUCAACAGCAGCAAUAGUGGAUCUAUGGAGAAUGCGGGUGCUGGUGUUAUCGUCGAAACACAACAAGCAGCUACCUCUCAAGACUGGACAUCACCAUUUGAAGGAAAAGAUAUAUUUAGUUUGUCUAGACAAUAUGUGUCUCCUUCCCUGUAAGAGCAGAGGGGUUACAUAUAGAAAUGAAAGUAAUAAAAGAAGAAAAAAAGACAAUGGUUUCAUGACUUAUGUGUGGUUGCUUCUCCCUUUGAUUAUAUUAUUCGUGAAUAUGUCUCUCUU